AUGGUUUGCUCAGCUUUCCGGAGAGUGGCUCAAGUGAGUGCAUACCUGGUGAGAACAGUCAGUAGUGUUUCCAGAGGCCAUCAGCACCAUGCCUUGGGCACACGACCCAGCACUUCAGAGUGUGAUACCCAGGGCACUGCAGGCAGCGUGGUAGAGCUGCUGGGCCGAGCGUACCCACAAGACUGCUACACCAACCUCACCAGGAAGGUCAUCUCCAAGGUUGGCAGGAAUCUGCACAACCAGCAGCAUCACCCACUGUGGCUGAUCAAGGAGAGAGUAAAGGAACAUUUCUACAAGCAGUACGUGGGUCGCUUUGGGACCCCCUUGUUCUCGGUCUAUGAUGACCUCCCUCCAGUUGUCACAACCUGGCAGAACUUUGAUAGCCUGCUCAUCCCAGCUGACCACCCCAGCAGGAAGAAGGGAGACAACUACUACCUGAACCAGACUCACAUGUUGCGGGCACACACCUCAGCACACCAGUGGGACCUGAUGCACGCAGGGCUGGAUGCCUUCCUAGUGGUGGGCGAUGUCUACCGGCGUGACCAGAUCGACGCCCAACACUACCCUGUGUUCCACCAGCUGGAGGCCGUCCGGCUCUUCUCCAAGCAUGAGUUGUUCGCUGGUGUAAAGGAUGGGGAGAGCCUGCAGCUCUUUGAGCAGAGCUCUCGCUCGGCCCAGAAGCAGGAAACGCACACCAUGGAGGCCAUGAAGCUGGUGGAGUUCAACCUGAAGCAGACACUCACCAAACUCGUGACACAUCUUUUUGGAGAUGGACUGGAGAUAAGAUGGGUAGACUGCUACUUCCCUUUCACUCAUCCUUCCUUUGAAAUGGAGAUAAAUUUUCAUGGAGAAUGGCUGGAAGUCCUUGGCUGUGGAGUGAUGGAACAGCAGCUGUUGUAUUCAGCUGGUGUUGAGGAGAAGAUUGGCUGGGCCUUUGGUCUCGGGUUAGAAAGGCUGGCCAUGAUCCUCUAUGACAUCCCUGACAUCCGCCUGUUCUGGAGUGAAGAUGAGCGCUUCCUGAAGCAGUUCUACGUGUCCAACAUCAACCAGCCUGUGAAAUUUCAGCCACUCAGCAAAUACCCUGCUCUGAUAAACGACAUUUCAUUCUGGUUACCACCUGAGAAUUAUGCAGAAAAUGAUUUCUAUGACUUGGUCCGGUCAAUUGGAGGAGACCUUGUGGAAAAAGUUGAGCUUAUAGACAAGUUUGAACAUCCAAAGACACACAAGACUAGCCACUGCUACCGCAUCACCUACCGACACAUGGAGCGGACGCUGACGCAGCCAGAGGUGCAGCGCAUCCACCAGGCCAUCCAGGAGGCCAGCGUGCGGGUGCUGGGUGUGGAGGGCAGGUUCUGA